AUGCUGGAGGUUAGCAGCGCAGACACCCUCUGCAGGUGGAUGGGCUACGCCAAGGCGGGUUCGGUCAGGGAGACCACUCUCCAUGUCCUCGGCCUUUCCGUCGGUGCCAUCAAGAUGAGCCCCUUUGAGGUCAUCAACGAGCGUUCCACCAAGAUCAUGGUGAGCGUAGAGUGCCUCAAGGCCGGACAGAAGGCGUGCACAGCAGACAAGAAUGGCAACAUUGGUACCGGGAAUAAGGGAAAUAACAAUUUUGGCGACUACAACGACGGCAACAACAACAUCGGGAACUCCAACAUGGGAGACCUCAACUGGGGUUACAACAACAAGGGCACCAAUCUGCGGUGCAACAACGCGAUUGGAACUCGAAAGGUUUUGAACAUGUGCAGCCUGAAGGAACUUGGCAAGUCGUGCUCAGUGUCUACGGUGAGGCCCUUUGGGGCGUUCAGCCCCCAUCAGGCAGGGACCCGGAGGCCCGCGCACACCGCAGCCCGUGUGCUGUGCACUGCCACUCCGCCCGUAAACCGCGGCGGUGGGAGGCCCGAGCCUUCCCGACCCACCACCGCCACCUCCGCCGUUGCCGGGUAUGCCAAGGGCAUUUCCCUGUCCCCCUCCUUGGCGUCUCAGCAGCUGGACGACGAGGAUGGGGAGUACUCCCUGAACGCGCCCCCCCGGAAGACCAAGACGGUGUGCACCAUCGGCCCCACCUCCUGCGACCGGGAGGCGUUCUUCCGCCUCGCCGACUCCGGCAUGAAUGUCGUGCGCCUCAACAUGUCCCACGGCGACCACGCCUCCCACCAGCAAGUCAUCGAUCUGGUGCGGGAGUACAACGCGAUGGGCCGGCGCAACUUGGCCAUCAUGCUGGACACCAAGGGGCCCGAGGUGCGCUCCGGUGACGUCACCCAGCCCCUGGAGCUGCGGGCCGGGGAGACGGUCACCUUCACCAUCGUCGCCGGCGCGGACGGCACCAACAAUCGCAUCGGAGUGAACUACGACGGCUUCAUCGACGACGUGGAGCUGGGCGACAUCCUGCUGGUGGACGGCGGCAUCAUGAGCGCGGUGGUGCGCUCCAAGACCGACACCGAUGUGGUCACCGAGAUCGUGGACGGGGGGAGCAUGAAGUCGCGGCGCCACCUGAACAUCCGCGGCAAGUCGGCCAACCUGCCCGCCAUCACCGACCGCGACUGGGCCGACAUCCGGUUCGGGCUGGAGCAGGGCGUGGACUACUAUGCACUGUCCUUUGUUCGCACCGCCGACGUCAUCUACGAGCUCAAGGACUGGCUGGCGCGGGCGGGGGCCACUGGCACCUCCGCCAUCGGCGUGCUGGCCAAGAUCGAGUCCGCCGACUCCGUGGCCAACCUGGACGCCAUCCUGGACGCGGUGGAUGGCGCCAUGGUGGCACGCGGGGACCUGGGCGCCGAGCUGCCGGUGGAGGAGGUGCCCUACUGGCAGUCCAAGAUCGUGAGGGGGUGCCGCAAGCGCGGCAAGCCCGUCAUCGUCGCCACAAACAUGCUGGAGUCCAUGAUCAAAUGCCCCACGCCCACCCGGGCGGAGGUGAGCGACAUCGCCAUUGCGGUGCGUGAAGGUGCUGACGCGGUCAUGCUGUCGGGCGAGACCGCGCACGGCUCCUUCCCCUUCAAGUCCCUGGACGUCAUGGCCAUGGUGGCCAGGCGCACUGAGCGUGCCAUGCUCAGCUACGAGGGUGCGCGUCGGUAUGGGAGCGAGGAGUCGGACGCCAUCGACUGGAUCAUGCCCCCCUCCCGCAGCAUGAACUCCCUGUCCGACGUGGGCAUCAGCGAGAUGUUUGCCUACCACGCGGUGACCAUGGCCAACACCAUCCGCACCAGCCUGGUGGUGUUCAGCCGCAAAGGCCAUAUGCCCGCCCUCCUCUCCCACUACCGCCCCGACUACCCCAUCUACUGCUUCACCGAGAACGAGGCGGUGCAGCGCCGGAUGGCCCUGCUCCAUGGCGUCACCGCCAUCUACACCCGCUUCUCCGAGAAGGCGGCCGUCACCUUUGACGCCGCCAUCGAGGAGCUGAAGCAGCGCGGCUACGUCAAGGGCGGCCAGCUGGUGGCCAUCGUGCAGAGCGGGCGCCAGCCCAUCUGGAGGUCCUCCUCCACCCACAGCAUCGCGGUGAGGGCGGUGCCCCGCGACGUGGUGCCCGACGACUCCGACGAGGAGGAGGAGGAGAAGGCCAAGGCCAAGGCCGCCAAGGUCGGGCGGGCAGGGGUCACCCCGGCCAUCCUCACCUGA